AUGAAAAAGAAGAACUUUUUUAAACUUUACAAACAAUCAGGCUUAAAUAUGGACAAAACACCUCAAUUUAUCAGCGUCAAGACUGGCGGUAAAAAAAAGCAAGCUUUGGCAACAAAACAAAUCAAAGAACAGCCAAAGUCUUCAGCCUUAACGGAAUAUGUGACCAAUGCGUUUAACAAUUGCGCACCAGAAAAAACAAAACUCUUGGAAGCACAAUUAAAAAGUAUUAUUACACAAGCAGAAAGAACAAACAUGACAGACUUAAUUGACUGGAACGAGCGCGAUUUACCAAGUGCUUGCAUAGACACAAAGAAUCCUAAUGCAUCCACUCUGUUUCAUAAAAAACCUGCGAGCAUUAUUUCUAAGCUGGGGAAUAUUGAGUUGACCCCAAACGAAGAGAAAAAGAGACAAAUGAGAGCCAUGCGAUUUCAAAACGAUGUUCCAGUGGCACGUUCACCCCCUCCUGUGCCGAAAAAGAAGAAUAAGUAUACCCCUAUUACCUGGGAAAGUGAAGCCACAACUGCAAGAAACGCAGUGAUUGUAGGAACAAGCGUGGCAUUGGAAAAGCCUUAUUUCCGUCUGACCUCUGCUGCUGAUCCAGCAACAGUUCGCCCAUUGAAUAUUUUAAAAAAGGCGUUUAAGCUGCUUAGAACCAAGUGGAAAGAGGAAGGCAAUUAUUCUUAUAUCUGUGAGCAAUUCAAAUCGAUGAGACAGGAUUUAACGGUACAAAGAAUUCGAAACGAGUUUACAGUCAAGGUUUAUGAAACCCAUGCUCGUAUUGCUCUAGAAAAGGGAGAUAUUGGGGAAUAUAACCAGUGUCAAACACAAUUGAAAUAUUUGUAUGAGCAAAACAUUCCAGGAAAUGAAGAAGAGUUCUUAGCUUAUCGAAUCUUAUACAUGUUAUUCUCGCAGAAUCAAUCCGAUAUCAAUGCCAUGUUGGAGGAGAUGUGUGAUAACAUGGAUAAUCACGCUGAUUGUGUCCAGCACGCAUUGAUGAUUCGUUCCUCAUUGGCUAAGGGCAAUUAUCACAAGUUUUUUCAGCUGUAUGAAACAGCUCCUAAUAUGGGAGGUUAUUUAUUGGAUCAGUUUGUCGGAAGAGAAAGAGUGGAUGCAUUAAUUGUGAUGUGCAAAGCUUACAAAAUGGGUGUAUCCAUCUCAUUUAUCGCGAAAGAAUUGGCUUUUGAUAAUGUGAAGUCAUUGGCCAAGUUCCUGAGAGAACAUGGAAUCAAGCAAAUCAUAAGUAAGAACAAGGAUGUCAUGUUUGAUACAAAGUCUGCUUUACCUGUCCUGUUAGCGCAAAGUAAAACAUACAACAAAGUUGAUAUCAAGGGACAAAUUUAA